CAUAGUUUAAGAGGAUAGUUAUAGGAAGAGGACUCCAAUAUGACCACCAGAUUGGCAGCGCCUAGAAAUUUUGUUUUAACAUCGACAGCGGCAGCCGGAAUAAUAAAUUCUCCUACUUUGAGUGUUGUGUCCCCAGAAACGGAUACUAUAACAACCGAGUCAACGGUUUUGCCAUGUGUCGUCAAUACUACAACCGAUUCAGCGGCAAUCGUGGUAACUAGGGACCCCUCGUCUUCUUGUCAGAACGCACAACAAGAAGUGUAUCAGUACAUUACUGCCGAAUCUUUGCAAGAUGUUAUGACAACGCACAAAGUAUUCGCCAGCAUUGAGCAGGAUUAUCAUCAUCAUCAACAGCAACAACAGCAAUAUACUGGUGGUCAUUUGCACCAAGAUACGUCUCAUCAACAGCAAAUACAGCAGCAGCACCAGCAACAACAGGAGCAGGAAGAAUUAGCUGUAAUAAAUGUGGUAGUUCCCAUGGAUAAUAAUGAUACUUCCAGUAAUGAAGCCCAAGCCACCAUGGAUACUUUGGCUGGCAUUAAGGAAGGUGUAGUCGAUUUGGUACAUCAUGCUGAACAGGAGGAAGGUUGUCCACAAUAUAUUACUGUUACUGUGUCCACGCAAGAUGCCGGACAAAAUUAUCAGGUGCAAUAUGUAGAUGCUGAGGAAUUAUACCAGGCUACUAAUGGCACCCAAACUCAAAUCACUUAUCCUUUCUGUCCCAUUCAAGAAUAUCAAACAAAUCAAUCAACAUUUUACACCACCUCCACAGGGAACUUUAGUAACAAUGGCUCACAAAUAACCGGGAAUAAUACAGACAAUGCCACUACUUUAUUGCCAUAUUUGGUGCCUGUGGAAGAAGGCAUGUUAAUUAAUACUUCCUCUGAGGAUUUGCAAAGUUCUCCGCAAACGCCCAAUUCCUCUACUCACAACAUGGGUGGAACACAAUGUAUGAAUUCGGCCAAUGAACAUGAAAUGGAUGAUAAUUCUAUGGAAACAGAUGUAAAUCAUAUGGGUGGUACGAGUAAAAUUGCCUCAGCCACUAUUAAAUGGUUGUCACAAAACUACGAGACCGCAGAGGGAGUAAGUCUGCCAAGAUCUACGCUCUACAACCAUUAUAUACAACACUGUAAUGAAUCCAAAAUAGAGCCAGUGAAUGCUGCUAGUUUUGGCAAAUUAAUAAGAUCUGUGUUUGCGGGUUUGCGCACCCGUCGCUUGGGUACUCGUGGUAAUUCCAAAUAUCAUUAUUACGGCAUACGUAUUAAACCGGAUUCUAUGCUAAAACAUCAGCAAAGUCAAGAAGAAAUCUCCACUUCACCCUCUAAAACAACUUCCUCCCAGCAAGCUCCAAAUUCGAUUAAGCAAAACACCAACAACAAUAACCAAGCAUCCACAUCCAGCUGUACUUCUAGUCACAAACCUACUAAUGGCAACAAAUCAUUGAAAAAACUAAUUUUCAAACCGGAAUCUUAUGCUGCCUGUGCUCAAUAUUUAGGUGAUGGUACUGGUGCUUUACCCUCAUUCCCUUUGCUAGAACUGGAUCACACUUGUCCAGCGGAAAUAAGUUCACAGGAUUUAGAACUAUUUCGUCUGAAAUAUCAAGAGCAUUGUGAAAAGUUUUUGGAUGCCAUUGUCAAUUUGGAAUUUAAUACCAUAGAAUAUUUGUGGCGCGAAUUUUGGUCCACCGAUCAUCAUGAUUCUCUGCAUAAUUUAACGCGUCCCAAAUUGCAAUUACUUUGUCUUUCGUCACCGGUGCAGAAGCUUGUACGCAAUAUUGAUUAUCAAUUCUUUCAAAAUAUGGUCGAUGUUCUAAUGCCUGAUGUCUUGAGAUCCACACCCAAUGCCCUAACACAAGCCAUUAGAAGUUUGGCAAAAAAUAUGGAAGCCUGGAUAUGCGAAUCCAUGUUGGGUAUACCCGAUCAAAUGGUGCAAAUAAAAACUACCACUGUUUCGGCAUUCUGUCAAACUCUUAAACGUUAUACCUCGCUCAAUCAUUUGGCACAGGCUGCUAGAGCUGUACUCCAUAAUAGUAAUCAAAUUACUCAAAUGUUAACUGAUUUGAAUCGUGUGGAUUUUCAAAAUGUACAAGAACAAGCCGCCUGGGUGUGUCAGUGUGAUCCGUCUAUGGUUCAAAGAGUGAAGAAUGAUUUUAAGGCUACCCUACAGCAACAAAGUUCGUUGGAGCAGUGGGCCUCUUGGCUGCAAUUGGUGGUGGAUUCUGCUCUCCAGGAAUAUCGUGGUAAACCUUCUUACCCUAAGGCAGCACGACAGUUUCUCUUAAAGUGGAGUUUUUACAGUUCUCUAGUUAUAAGAGAUUUAACUUUAAGAUCUGCACCUAGUUUUGGUAGUUUUCAUUUAAUACGUUUACUCUACGAUGAAUACAUGUUCUAUGUGGUGGAAAAUAAAAUAGCCGAAGCACAAGAAAAGACCGCUAUAGCGGUUAUAUGUGAUCGUUUACAAAAAGAUGAUGUUAAUUUUGAAUUGGACUAUCAAUUGGAAUUAAUAGCGGCCGACGUAACAAAUUCAGAGCCUCCCGUAAAACGCAUGAAACAAGAGUAAAUUUUAAAUUAAGAAAACAAGAAAAAACGAAGCAAUAUAAAAGCAAUUUUUAAUUAAAAUUAUGUUUAAAUUAUAAAUUGCUUACGGUAUUACUCUUAUAUUAAGUAUUUUAUCAUUCAAAUAUUAUAUUAACUUGGUGGCCUUGUGUGCAAUAUAAAGUGCCUUCAAUAUCUUAAUGCUCAAACAUGAUUUAUAUAAAUAUAUUUUAUCUUAUUUAUCUAAUGGCUCAAUUUACAUAUACAUAUG